AUGCCUAUUGCGUCGCCUGACCGGUUCGUGCCGUCUCGUGUACCUCUUCAAGACCGUUUCCGAGCCACUAAGCAGGCCCACGAGUUAUCGCCGUCGGAACGCUUGCAUCGAACUGAGGAUUCUGCUUCCGAUGUCUUCUGCUUCGCGUCCAUGAGGUCGGCACUCAUCCCCGCACGGCGAGCCUCGAGGUCUGACGGUGUUGAGCGACAAGCUGGCGCCAUCCUGAGUCCGGACUCCUCGGGGCGACAGGUCAGCAACGGUGCCGUGUGGUCCGUUGGCGGUUUAGCUCCCGGAGGGGUCGGUGUUGACGAUGGCCGCGGUCAGCGGAUGCGCUCAGGCAGCAAUGCCCGCUAUUAUACCACCUCCUUCGCGGACGCGCAGCCCAGGUCGGAGGACGAGCAAGAAAGGCACGAGGGUCGAUUGGCUUUGGCGCUGGACAUAAACCGCAUCCAACGGAUGUUAGACUUUGGCCAGUAUUCCACGUUCCCUCGUUGCAAGCGUAACGCCAUACCGCUGCCAUUGCAAGGGACGAGAACGAUUUGGACCGGGAGUGGAUGGAGCAACGGCUGCCAUACGUCCAACACUCGGAGAGAAGAGAGACUUCUUCCCAAUGCCCCAUUCAAAGUCUUGGAUGCGCCUGGUCUUCGAGACGAUUUUUACUGCUCUAUCAUGGCCUACUCCCGCACUCGCAAUGUCUUGGCCGUCGGAUUGGGCAACUUACUCUAUGCGUGGUCGGAGCCUAUGGGGGUAACGUUGUUAAAUGCCGGGCUCCAGGACGGAUCCUGGCUGACCUCCGUCGCCUUCUCGUCUGACGAAGGAGACAAAUCGAUACUCGCGUUUGGCCGCUCAAGCGGAAUGCUCUUCCUGAUGUCGCUCUUGGACGGCCGACCCCCCAGUUCCUUCUCGGGCGUGUGUCCUCGCUUUAAAAUCCAUCAACCAGCGCCUGUAGCUUGCUUGUCCUGGCGCCCCGCGGUCGCGCUGCGGCCUUCCCGUAGUGAGCUCAACCCCGGCGUUCUAGUCAAGACGGAGGACCUUCUUGAAGUGGCUCGAGAAAAUUGGCGUGGCACUAUGACUUUGCUCGCGCGCAUCAAGGUUCACUCUCAGCAGAUAUGCGGCCUGGCAUGGUCUCCUGGCGGUGAGCAGUUCGCUACCGGUAGUAACGAUAAUCUGUGUUGCCUCUUCAAUGUUGACAGGAUCAUCGACACGAGGACAAGCCCAGGCUCCCCGGCUCCAUCCGCGAACAACUUCCGUAGCGACGGAGGCGAACCUACCGCUUUGCCGUACACAAUAAAUCCGGGGAACGGCGGCUCGUCGCCAGGCACCCGGGCCGACGACUUGGGGUUCCUGCCGGUCCAGCGCCAAUUUCCGGUUGGUUCAGAGCAGCAUCGGUGGCGUCACGGCGCGGCCGUGAAGGCCAUCGCAUUUUGCCCGUGGCGUCAGGGGCUGAUUGCCACCGGCGGCGGAUCCAACGACAAAUGCAUUCACUUCUACCACACCCGGUCGGGCGCCGCGCUCGCCACGAUCUCAGUCGCGGCGCAGGUGACAUCGCUGAUCUGGAGCACGACCCGGCGGGAGAUCGCGGCGACGUUCGGGUACGCGCAUCCGGACCACCCGUAUCGCAUCGCGGUUUUCAGCUGGCCGGAUUGCCGGCAGGUGGCUGCCGUGCCGUGGGAGGGGGAACACCGCGCACUCUAUGCCAUCCCGUACCCGGGAGGCCCGAGAGAGGCGUGCCGGGCGAGGGAUCGGUCGCGGAGCCGGACGGCGGAGGAGGGCUGCAUCGUGGUGGCGAGCAGCGACGAGAGCAUCAAGUUCCACGAGGUGUGGGUGGCGUACCGCAAGGCCACCACACUAGGCAGCGGGAUCCUAGGCGGGAGCGACAUCUUGGAGAUGGGAGAGGGCAUCGACAAAGAGGGCGACGUGAUUCGCUGA